UUCCACUGGUUCGGGUGUGGUAAGGAAGGCCGUCUCCUACGCUGACACUGUAGUCCUAAACGACCUGUAUGUCGCAGUGAUGACGGAACCCUUUAAGGACCUUACACCGGAACAAGUGGAAGAAUUAAAGCUGACUCUGGAGACCAGCAUCGUAGAUCUGGUGGGCACUCCGAGCUCCAGCCCACACGCUCCGCACUGGCCCUCCUUCCGUGGGAAACCUUUCCACAGUGAAGGAGUGCUGAAACUACAGUGCGAGAGCAAAAGGGACGUAGAGUGGCUCAAGGACACCAUAGCCACCUGCGUGUCACCAAUUCCCGACACAAAACUGGUCGUGAAGCGCCAAAUUGACAUUCCCCGACGGGUGAAGUCCGCUGUUCUGCUACCAAGCUGUUCGGAAGACGUCAGGACGAUCCAGAUCCUCCUACGUAGACAGAACCCUUGGUAUCAGGUCAGCAGCUGGUCGCUUUACAAUGUCGAGCGCCAUGAAGGGACUACGUCUGGAGCCUUCCUGGUUCUCGGCAUCCCGGCAGACCAGAUUCCGGGAAUUAUAGCAAGGGAGCGUAGGCUUGCCUAUAAACUGGGCAAUGCCUACAUCCGAUUCUUCAACAGCAGUGGCAAGCUGCUUGAUGCGCCGCCACCUGUUGAGACUGCGACGGCUACUGUAGUGAGCGGUGCCCUCUCCGCUGCGAAGCAGAGAGAAUGCACCGCUCCUAAUACAGAAGCUGGCGCGUCGGUGUCGGAGGUUAGCGAACCGAGCUCCGUCGAAAGACAGAGCUCGACAGGCGAACCUGCGGUCCCCCAUCCAACCUCCAGCGCAAGCGAGAGGGCGGAAGGGGCGUCAGCCUGCCCGCUGACAACCCCGCGCGAGGACGCUGAUGACAGCGACCUUGAGAGGGAUGUCGCGCAGCUGAUGGACCACGACGCCCCGCUAGAAUCGGACGAGGAGAUGAGCAUCAAAGAUGGCUCCUCCACCCCUAACUAACGUCACACAAACCAACCUCCAGCAUAAACAAGCCGCAACGGCUACCUUGCGAAGAAUGCUGGAGGUCAACAACGAGGCCGUCGCCCUUAUCCAGGAGCCGUGGAUAAGGAAGGGCAGAAUCUGCGGUCUAAACAACAUCGGAGAGACUUGACUACGGUCAGGCUCCAGAGUAACUGCGCCAGCAGCCCAGAGUUAAUCAUAGCGUCUGCCUACCUGCCGGGCGACGCGGACAUACCGACGGUCGAGCUGGCAAACCUCAUCCAAUACUGCGAAAACAAGAAGCUU